AUGGAGAACUACACCUACAACAGCUUCACUCUCCAGAUGGAGGGGAUAAAGGUGACAAAGGAUACCAUGUACCMUGUCUUUUUCUUGUACUUUAUUUCCUAUAUUGUUAUAAUGGUUAUGAAUAUUGGAAUUUCCAUUCUAAUUGUCAUAGAUAAGAACCUUCACCAGCCCAUGUAUCUCCUGUUCUGUAACCUGUCAGUCAGUGACAUCAUUGGAAGUACUCAUAUUGUUCCCCGGUUGCUGUCGGACAUCCUGCGUCCUCCCUCUGAACGUCUCAUCAGUUAUUACGAGUGUGUGGUCCAAGCUUUCACUACACAACUUUUUGGCACCACCUCCCACACGGUGCUGAUGAUCAUGACCUUUGACAGAUAUGUGGCCAUCUGUCAUCCUCUGCGUUACGCUGCCAUCAUGACCAACAAGAUGGUGAUCAAGCUGACAGUGUCUGCCUGGGGCGUGGCCUUUGUGUUGGUGGGGAUUCUGCUGGGUUUGACCAUAAGACUGAACCGAUGCAGGACAAAGAUCAUG